CCUUGCGUUAAGCGAAUAUACACAUCCACUUGGCAUAUUUUAAAUUCAUUAUUACUCUGAUUGUGUGCCGACCUCUGGCAAGAUUUAAUCGCUGCCGCUGUAUUAUGCGAUGUGACUCGUGGGAACAGUGAAGAUUUGUGUCCAUUGUGAGCUAACAGCUAAUGUUUGUCAUCCGCCACUGAUGGGAGUGCAUUUCCUCGUUCCUAACGCAUCAAACGUUUUUUUUUUUCUUUAACCGACAGAUGAACCAGACAGUGAGCCCUAGUUCUUCUCCAUCAGCCAGAUGUUCAUAAUAUGUUGCUGUAAAACACAACUUUAUUAAUGUUUACCCUUUGGAAUUAUUUUAUUUACGAAGUGCAACUGAGUGUUUACAAUAACGGACUGUGUGGAAGCUGUAAAUGCGCUUUGAUUGUGCAGAGCAUCAUUUAAAGGCAUGGAUGUGCCGUCUGCAGCUGUUGUCCUCCUCGCCUUUGCUUUACUAACAUGUUUGUUCAUGAGCAAUUUGUCUGAGCAUCAAGUGAGACUGGUUAAGUCAAGCUAUGCAAAGAAAUAUGACAGUAUAGUGUUUCCAAGAUAUGUGAGUCAUCCAGCAAAAGUGCAGAACAGCACCGUGCAGAGAUGGGGAGUGAACCUGCGAAACCUCCAGCCACACAAACAAGUGGAAGACCUGACUGAUGCUCCUAGAGAUGAUCAGUGUGCCAUGGCUCUAGAGAACCGGUUUGACUGUGCCCGGGACAGAGCUCUCAGCAAGACAGAGUGUGAAGACAGAGGCUGCUGCUAUGCCCCUGUGCCUGAUACUGGAGGACCGCCUUGGUGCUUCUACCCCCGCUUGUACAGCGGCUACAAAAUGGGUCCGCUCACUCCCACGCUGCGAGGCCAUGCUGCCACCCUGGUGCGUGCCAACCCCUCCUAUCUGCCCAGAGAUAUCACCACUCUCCGUCUAGAGGUCAUGGAGGAGACGGCAGGCCGCUUGCACCUCACUUUGAAGGACCCAUCAUCUCAGCGAUAUGAAGUUAAGCUUCCCGUUGGUAAGCCUAGGAGCAAUGGAAAUACCCAAGAUCCCCUCUAUGCCAUUGAAUUCCAGCCUGACCCAUUUGGAUUCAUAGUACGACGCCAAUCAAAUGGAAGGGUAAUUAUGAACACCACGGUCGCUCCGCUGCUGUUUGCUGACCAGUACCUGCAGCUGUCCACCACCUUGGCCUCCUCUCUGGUGUCUGGCCUUGGGGAGCAUUACACCCCCCUCCUCUUAGACACAAACUGGACCUCCCUCACCCUCUGGAACAGAGACAUGGCACCUCAUGGUAAUGCCAACCUGUAUGGCUCCCACCCAUUCUACAUAGUACAGGAGGAGGAUGGCCUGGCACAUGGAGUUUUCCUUCUCAACAGCAAUGCCAUGGAGGUGACUUUGCAGCCGACCCCUGCUCUCACCUGGGUGACCGUUGGUGGAAUCCUGGACCUGUAUGUCUUCAUGGGUCCCGACCCUCAGAGUGUUGUCCGACAGUACCUCCAGGUCAUUGGCUAUCCUAUGAUGCCUCCCUACUGGUCUCUGGGUUUCCAUCUGUGUCGCUGGGGCUACACAACCACUAAUGCAACCCGGAUGGUGGCACAACAUAUGCACAAUGCCAACUUCCCACUGGAUGUGCAGUGGAAUGACCUGGACUAUGCAGAUAAGCGCAGGGUGUUCACCUUUGACCCCCAGCGAUUUGGGGACCUCCCAGAGAUGGUGGAGGAGUUUCAUCAGAGAGGCAUGAAGUACAUCCUUAUCCUGGACCCUGGGAUCAGCAGCACCAGUCCCCCUGGAACUUAUCCUCCCUUUGAUGACGGGCUGAAAAGAGAUGUCUUCAUCAAAAAUGCUACAGGACAGACUUUGAUUGGCAGGGUGUGGCCCGGCCAAACAGCAUUCCCCGACUUCACCAACCUAGAGACUAGACGCUGGUGGGAAGACUGCAUCAGAGCAUUCCACGCUAAAGUCCCUGUGGAUGGCCUGUGGAUUGAUAUGAAUGAACCAGCCAGUUUUGUCCAGGGCUCAGUGGAGGGCUGUCCUGACAGUGAUCUGGAGAACCCCCCAUAUACACCAGCAGAGGUGGUUGGAGGCCAGCUGAACUCGGGAACUCUGUGUAUGUCAGCCCAGCAGAGGCUGUCCACUCACUACAACCUGCACAAUGUCUAUGGACUGACGGAGGCUAGCGCCACCCACAGCGCUCUUGUGAAGGUACGUGGGAAAAGACCGUUUGUGCUGUCCCGCUCCUCCUUCUCUGGCAUUGGCCGUUUCUCUGGAGUGUGGACGGGAGAUGUCAGGAGCAACUGGGAGCAGCUGCGAUACUCCAUCCCUGCGGUGCUACAGUUCAGCCUGUUCGGGGUGCCCUUGGUGGGGGCGGACAUCUGUGGCUUUGAGGGCGACACCACUGAGGAGUUGUGUGUGCGCUGGAUGCAGCUGGGGGCCUUCUACCCGUUUAUGAGGAACCACAAUGACAGGCUUAAUGCUCCUCAGGAACCCUAUGUAUUUGGGCAGCAAGCCCAGGAGGCCAUGCGGAGUGCGCUGAAUCUCCGUUACUCCCUUCUUCCGUUCCUCUACACGCUCUUCUGUCACGCGCACACCUCCGCCGACACUGUGGCCAGGCCUCUCUUCAUGGAGUUUCCCACCGACCCGAACUGUCAGGCCAUAGACCGACAGUUCCUGUGGGGGAAUUCACUUCUCAUUAGCCCCGUUUUAGAGCAAGGGGCAGUGGAGCUGUCGGCCUACCUCCCCCAGGGCACUUGGUACAGUCUCCACAAUGGUCAGCCCUUCUACAGUAAGGGCCAGUACCUGCUCCUGCCAGCCCCUCUUGACACAAUCAACAUCCAUGUGAGGGAAGGACAUAUCAUCCCACAACAGGAGCCAGCCUUGACAACCACAGCCUCGCGCAGAAACCCUUUCGUCCUGACGGUGGCGCUCUCUUCAGCUGGCUGGGCCUUCGGGGACUUGUUCUGGGAUGAUGGGGACAGUCUUGGCACCAUUGAGACAGGAAACUACUGCUAUGUCAUCUUCAUCGCUGGACAGUCCCAGGUGGUGAGUGACCCUCUGAAGCUGAAUGGUGCUCUGGACGGCCUGGUGCUGGGUGGGCUGCGGGUGUUCGGGGUGCCCUCCCCACCACGGUCGGUGCUGGCCAAUGGAGAGAAAGUCUGGGAUUUCACCUACUACACUGACACCAAGGCUUUGACAGUGACCAGUCUGGCCCUGCCCAUGUCAAAGGUCUUCACAGUCCAGUGGACUCUGUGAUCCACUGGCCUGUGAAGACAUCUCCCAUGAUCCUGAUGUUGGUUUAUUUAUACAGCACAUUUAAAUACAACAAAACGUUACCCAAAGUGCUGCACAUCAGACAAAUAAAAACAAAUAUAAAGAAGAAUAAAGAACAAAAGGAAACAAGUUAAAAACAAAUUAAGCUAUUAAAAUCAAAUUAGGCCACAGGAGCAAGUGAAGUCAUUAAUAUUGAAUACAGUGAUAAAAUUGAAAUUGUAUCUAAACUAGAAAAGUGAGAAAUGUAUGUUUUAAGUUGAGACUUCAAAAUUGGAGGUGAAUUUGCCGACCUGAUCUUGAGGGGGAGGCUUUUCCAAAGUUUGGGAGCUGCCAUAAAGAAUGCCCUGUCAAAACAACAACAACAAAACAAACAAACAAACAAACAAACAAAAAACAACUGCUGGUCUGUUGACUUAAGCAAGCAGGGGCUAGUCCAUUCAUAUAGACAAACUGCAAAAUUUUGAAAUCAAUUCUGCACUGAACAGACAGCCAGUGUAAGGAUACAAGCGAAAUAUGCUCAUGCUUUCGAGUGCUGGUCAGGAGCCUGGCUGCAGCACUUUGAGCCAGGCCCAUUGCAACAUACAACAACAGUCUAACCUAGAAGUAAUAAAAGCAGGAGUGACCUCCUCAGGACUCGAGAGGACUCAAGACAGCCCUGAAAAGACCAGCUGCAUUAACAUGGCACUGUCCACGACUCACGGCGUUUGACAUCCACAGACUGUCCAGCAGUAAUGCAGCUUGUGUUUGCUCGGCUUCUUCCUCCAAACCGGCAGAAGUGAACAUUAACAUGUGAAAGCUUUGCACUAUGUGGUAGGUAAUUAAAAAUGUGAUGACAUCAAACCAGGAAGCUGGCAUCAUGCGGUUUGGUUUCCUUACUCAGCGAUCUCUGCUGCUAACUGCUGCCCUGAAUCAAGAGUGAUCAUGCCUUGAAAGUGUUAAUGAAUGCAUAAAUCAUAUGAAAUUUAUUUUUGUAAACUAUAUUUUUAUGCCUUUGCUAUUUCAAAUGUGUUGUUAAUAAAAGCUGUGAGGCAAAAAAAA